UUGUUUUUUCUUUGCCAAUCCUUCUUUCAAUUCGAAUCGGUGCAGAUUAGCGUAGCGCCAACAGCACACCAGAAUCCAUCUCCGUGAGUAGCCAGAUAGAUCGCUUCUUCUUCCGUCCACUCUCUUCCCUCUUAGUUUUUCUCCAUUUCCCUCUCUACCCCUUUUCUAGUUAGUUGCACAGAGAUCAGAGAUGGUUGAGAAAAUCUACCGCCACCAUGGUCUUUAGAGCUAACUGGGCCCCUUUACUCUUGGUACAUCUUGGUGGCCCUGACACCAUCACAGCUUAUGCUUUUGAAGACAACAAGCUUUGGAUUAGGCACCUCGUCGUCCUUGUUGUCAAAGUCAUUUUUGUCAUUUAUGUCAUUUGUUUGUCGUGGACCUUUUCUUGGCUCUCAUUUUUGACUCUCCCUCUCAUCUUAGCUGGAAUUAUUAAGUAUGUAGAGAAGAUAUUGUGUCUCAAGCUGAAUAACUCACAGAAAACAAAACCAAUCAUUUCUAAUAUGUUUAGUUUUCAAGAUCAUUCUGACCCCAGUGAGAAUCAAACCCUUGGUCGCCUUCAUAAAGAAAACCCAAACGUUUUGUCAGGUUAUUUAUUAUUUACAAUUAUGAGACCUGAUGUCAAUGAUUACCUCUCCUCCCAAAAUCUUUCCGAUGUUGGAACAAGGAUCAAAGCUUAUUUCAGGGAAACUACAGGUAUAGACAGUAGUAGAGCUUUCCACUUUGGAAGCAAAUAUAUUUAUACAAGCACUGACAAAAAGGUUUUUGAAAUAUUGUCUAUUCAACUAGGAUUCAUGUUUGAUGUCGUUUACACCAAGGCUAGUUUGAUUUACACCAAGUUAGGAUGCUUCUUGCGCCUUACUAGUUUCACUAGUUGUUUCUCAGUUCUACUGCUCUUCUUUAUCAGCAUCGUUGAUGAGCCAAAAUUCCAUGGCUCAAGAAUUGAUAUUGCCAUAACUGGCAUCUUAUUGAGUGGAGCUAUUGCACAAGAACUUUAUGCAGCAUGGGUAAUGCUUUCUUCUGAUUGGGCAAUUCUUGUUGCGGAAUUUCAUCAUAAUGUGUUGGUACGCAAAAUGUUUAAGGUCACCUCAAAGUACUUCCCUUGCUUAUUGCAUCAAAGUAAAAGGUGGUCAAAUCAAAUGGGUCAAUUUGAUUUGUUGGAAUAUUGUUGGCGUUACAAGAAAAGGAAGGCAAACCAAUCCCAUGGCUUUCUACUGAAGAUCACUAUUGGCAGUGAAAUUGCUGAAAUGUUGCACAAAUACUGGUUUACUAAAUUUGUGGAUGUUCCACCCUUUUUGCAACAAGAAGAAAAUUACUUUCACCCCUUAGAUGCAAUCAUAAAAGGAAACUCCUUAAAGACAACAAGAGGAGAAAAGGCAUUGCAGAACCGUCAACCAUUUGAUCAACUAAAAUGGAGCAUUGAAUUGGAGUUUGAUCACAGCAUCAUAAUAUGGCAUCUUGCCACAAGUGUUUGCUACUUACAAGAGGAUCAGGAUGAUGAAAACAUGAAAAUUAGUAAACAUGUCUCAGAUUACAUGAUGUAUCUACUGGCCAUGUGUCCUGCCUUGCUAUUGUCCGAGCAUAGUAAGAGUUUUUGGCUUGAUCAUGCUUAUCACAACCUCAAAGAACUUGUGUCCCCUGCAAUUGAUAUAGGAAAUGUUGCUUCCACAUUACUUUCCAAUUCAGAUAAUGUUCAUGAAGAGGAGCUUGAAUCCAGGGAGAGAACUUUUGAAAACCUAAAAGGAGAGGUGUUGAGACUAACCACAAUUUUAAAGCAAUCAGAUAAUAAAUGGGAGAUGAUUAGAGAUGUCUGGAUAGAGAUGUUUUUCUAUGCAGCAGUUUCAAGUCAGCACAUUAAUCACGUUAAGCAGCUAGGAGAAGCAUUGAAUUUCUCUCACUCAUCUGGCUUCUCGUAGCCCCUGUGAUUAUUGAUAGUGUCUUAUAGGCCCUGACAUUGUCGAUACUGUCUUAGUGUGACUGACACUUGCAAGCUUGGCGGCCUUAUGUCUUAUGUUUUUGAAGCCUUGAAUGAAUCUCACUCAUUAAC